UACACACAUACAUACAUAGUCGCAUAGAGAUGCAAAAGGAGAGUGGAGAGUGCACGAAUUGCGCGAUCGAAGUAGUAUGCUGUUUUGCACCAGACUUGCAUCAUGAUGUACUAAGAAGACGAAUUAUGGUGGCAGAAUUUGUCGCCCGUCAAAGUGGAUCGCCCAUCAAUGGUGAGACCGCUUGCCUAAAUAGCAACAUGCCAGCUAGCCACACAAUGGCACACGCAGGUCACGAUGCUCACGGACCAUUACCACCGCUAACACAUCCGGCUCAUCACGGUGGACCGCAUCAUCAGACGCAACAACAGCAGCAACAGCAACAGCAGCAUCAUCAUCAUCAUCAUCAACAGCAGCAGCAGCAGCAGCAGCAGCAGCAGCAACAGCAGGCACAACAGCAGCAGCAGCAGCAGCAGCAUCUUCAACAAGACGCCCAACAGGUGACACAUCCCGAAAACUUCCCCCCGAACUUCGACAUCAGAAAAGAGCUCUUUUCCCAGCGCAAGCAACGAGAAUUCAUCCCGGACAACAAGAAGGAUGACAGCUAUUGGGACCGGAGGAGACGCAACAACGAGGCAGCCAAGCGGUCACGCGAGAAAAGACGAUUCAACGAUAUGGUUCUCGAGCAACGAGUUAUGGAGCUGAGCAAGGAAAACCACAUCCUAAAGGCGCAGCUCGAGGCAAUACGCGACAAAUUUGGAAUAUGCGGCGAAUCCGUGAUCAGUACGGAACACGUUCUCGCUGCGUUGCCCGCGGAGCCACCGAUCAGCGUUAAGAGGGCGAAACUACCAACAUCGGCAGCCAUUCUUUACGCGAGAACUCCCAGCCCGGUUCACACCUCGGUUAUCCACCAGCCGGUCAGCGGUGCCAGAUCACCAAGAUCACCUGCGCAGCUUUACGUGCCCGAAACAACGGCUUAUCCGGAAACGGAGAGCUUCCAAUAUCCUUACCCACACCCAGCUAUGCAUCUCGAUACAACGAGCGCGUUAAAUUUAUCACGCGGUCGAAGAGCACAAUCACCUUUCGAGUUGUCCUCUGGUAGCGGCGACGAAGGUGGACCACAAUUGGUAGUAAACUCAUCGGCCAACAACAGUCUACCGCACAAACUGAGGCAUAAAUCCCGCAUCGGUGACAAGGACGCCGCUAGUGCUCUCCUUGCGUUGCAAGGUAUCAAGCAGGAACCUGGACCAAGAGCGUCGCCCCCAUGGGACAACGAAGGUUCCAGCGACGAACGUGAUUCUGGUAUUUCUUUGGGAGCCGAAUGGACCGGACCAAGCGUCGUACCUACCGUCCCGGAAAGUGAAAGGGAAGUCAAGUCGAGGCUCGAUCGUCUCGCAUCCGAAGUUGCAUCUUUGCAAUCGAUAUUGCGUCUUGGCAAGCCAGCCGACAGUCUUAUGACUGGACACUCAUUGUCAACUAACGCGACGACCAAUGGACCAUGAACGAAACUACAUCUUUCCAAGAGUUUUCUCUGCAUAAUUAACUCUAUUCGAAUUGUUUGCGCGUUUUAUUCUCUUUGAGAUGCUCUCCCCAAUUGGUUCUUGCUUGCUAAUAACUUUGAUCAAAGUUUAUUAGAAAAUAUCGAGCCAUUCGUUUACUUGUCGCGUGAACAACAAAUUCUACCCUCAAACGACGAACAAAAGAGGAGGAGGAGGAGGAGGAGGAUCGUCAUAAGAACUUUCUUAUGAAUUUUCAGUGACUAUCGAUGUACGCACGGGCUUACUACUCUACAAAUAUACGUGUUACAUAUUAUUUAUAUACAUGCGCAUAGAUACGUACAAAUUUCUAAGGAGUUUAGGAAAACAUUUUAAAAAGAAUUUCCAACGAGAGUUUAUUAUUUUCUAUACCUAAGUGAUAUAUGUUUACUUUUUUCCUUUCUUUGAUUUAAUUAAUGAAAUAACGAAUCAAUCAUCCUACUCCUUAAGGCGCGUAUUCCCUAAGCGGAUUUAUUAUUAAAUAGUAAACGAGUUAAGCUGCUUUCACGCGAAUGCAAUUUUACAAAAUGUAUCCACAAUACUUACGUUUCGUCGGCGUGUACGCGAUAAAUACCCCCUCUUUCAAAAAUAUUUCAUUUCAAAGCCUACCUAUAGUAACAUUUUAGAAAUGUUAUUUCGUGUCGAAGCGGCUUUAUUCUCUUAUUUAACAAUUACGUCGCGCAACCGGCUAUCUCACUACCACAACGAUACGUUCAAAAAUGUAACAUUUCGUAUCAUAGAGAUUGAUAAAGCGUUGAAAUAAUAAGCUCUCGUUUCGAUAACAUUCUUCUUCAAGACUAUUUUCAUUUUCUUCCUACGUAAAUUACAUACAUAUAUAUAUAUAUAUAUAUAUAUAUAUAUAUAUAUAUUCAUAUAUGUACAUUAAUAUUUACAGAAAAGGAAAGAAAAAAAUGUCUUUCAUUGAAGAACGGAUGUAUCACGUCACGUUUAUACACACGCACACACCACACACACACACACACACAAAGUCGCCUUAUUAGAAAUUACUAUACUCUACAUCUAUGGCGCACGAUAAAAAUCAAAACAAUCAUUAUCAUUAUCUUUUUUCUUCUUUUAAUACAAUUCUCGAGCCUUUAUUGUCCAACCGAAUGAAUCUAUUUUUAUGCAAAAUCAAUGUUUUUACAUUCGCCGACGAAAACAAGAAAAUAAAAGAAAAGAAAAGAAAAGAUAAUGAAAUAAA